AUGGGUCUUUUGGCGGCGAACUCGCUGCACACUCGCCGGAAGCUCGAGGGGGUCGUGGGGGCCGCCUUGGUGCUGAACUUGCUGCGGGAAGACCAGAAAUGGGUCACUGACGAAAGCCUUAAAGGUUUGCGAGAAAGCUGCGAACAAUUAAAUUCAAAUUCAACUCUUUUCCCCUUUGUUUCAACUCAAUUCAGAAAUGAUCCGCAGAGAACGCGAGCAGCUGCAGGUGCGCCUGCAAACUUGAACGGCCCUCCGGUGUCUGCGCAGACACCCCAACGCCAGGCCAAGCUGUCGAAGCAAAUUCGCAAAAACGCAAAAGACAACAAAAGCGAAAUAGAAGAAGUUCUCGAGCAGCAGCAGCAGCAGCAGCAGCAAGGUGAGGAGCAGCAACUCAAGAGGCAGUUUAAUUCUUUUCUGCUUUUUCAUUUUCAUUUCUAUCUUUUCCAAAAAGCAGCCCCUUGUGCCCCCGGAAAGAAGAAAGUAAUUGUCGUCGAAGAAGGUCUGCUGCUGCUCUUUGCUGCUCUGCUGCUCCUGCUGCUAACUUCCCCCGCAGCAGCCCCUGAGGAGCACCGCAAGCAGCAGCAGCAGCAGCAGCAGCAGCAGCAGCAGCAGCAGCCACAGGUGCAGAUAAUACCGUUUCCGGUUCCUAUGGGGCCGCGGGGAAAAGGAGAAGCAGCAGAAGAAAAGAUUUUUGAAGAAGCAGCAAAAGAAGAAAAAGAAGAACUGCAGCAAAAGGCGCAGCAGCAGCAGCAGCACGCGCUUCCUGCUGCAGCAGCAGAAGAACGAAUUGCUGCAGAAGAAAGGAAAGAAGAGGAAAAAGAAAAAGAAAAGGAAGAAAAAGCAGAAGAAAAGGAAACAGAAGAAAUAGAAAAAGAAGAAGAAAAAGAAGAAGAAAAAGAAAAGGAGGAGGAAGCAGAAGCAGCAAAAGAAGCCGAAGCUGCUGCUGCAGCAAAGGCAGAAAAAGAAGAAAAAGAAACGCCAGAAGAAGAAGAAGAGGAGGUGCAGCAGCAGCAGCAGCAGCGGGAGGCCGCGGAAGAGCGACGGAGAAGUCGAGAAAGAGAAAAAGAAUUUGAAAAGAAAAAAAAAGAAAUUGAAAAAGAAAUAAAAAAAGAAAUUAAAAAAGAAAUUCAAAAAAAAGAAAAAGAAGUUCUCGAGAUCCCUCUGGCGCCGCAGCCGAAGAUAUCCCCGGAGGACUUGCGGCCCACGUGGAGGCCCGAAGAAGCUGCUGAGGGGCCCAAGUAUAUAAACCCGGAGUACUCAGAAGAGGAGAAGGAAGAGCUGAUUGAGAAGGAGGAAAAGAAAGAAAAAAAAACAAGUCCCUGGAUAUGGAUUUACUUCUCCCUCAUUUGUCCGCCGCUUGUGGCUUUGCUGCUGCUGGGCCUCGCGUGGUUUGUCUAG